AUGUAUUUCUCAGGCAGAAAGAACCUUUUUCGGAUAUAUCUUGUGGCCGUGCUGCUGAAUUAUUGCUGGGAAGCGGUGUCUGGACAGCUCUCGUAUGCCGUAUCAGAGGAGGUAAACCCGGGGACUUCUGUUGGAAAUAUCGCUAAGGAUCUAAAUCUCAACGUGCAGGAUUUAGAGUCUCGUAUGUUUCAGAUUGUUUCUGGUUCAAAGAGAAAAUAUUUCGAUGUUAAUGUGAAAACCGGUGUUCUUUAUGUCAAUGAAAGAAUCGACCGAGAAGAGCUUUGUGCGAAGGCGACAAAAUGUACUGUGAGUGUAGAGGCCGUGAUCAAUGACCCGCUGAAGCUUUACCGGUUAGAGAUAACUAUAACAGAUAUGAAUGACAAUGCACCCGUUUUUUCUGAGCAAUUGCAGUCGAUUAACAUUUCAGAAAAUACUUCACCGGGAGUGAAAUUUGGAUUAAUAGAGGCAUCGGACCUGGAUGUCGGGAACAACGGUGUUAAUACGUACAAGCUUAGUAAUAAUGAUUAUUUCUCUUUGGAAAUUCACAAAGGGGGAGAUGGCGUGUCUGCCGAGUUAGUACUGAAGAAAUCCUUAGACCGAGAGCACGGCUCUGUAAUAAAACUCACACUAACGGCACUGGAUGGAGGAAAUCCAAGCCGAUCGGGAACCUCACAAAUCAUCAUCACAGUUUUGGACACUAACGACAACCAUCCUGUUUUCAGUCAAUCUUUAUACAAGGUUAAAAUUUCUGAAAACUUGCCAAAAGGGUCUUCUGUGAUCAUUCUUAAUGCUACAGACGCAGAUGAGGGCUUAAACAGUGACAUAGAAUACUCUUUGAGAAAAAAGGGUCAGGAUCGUGUUUUAGAUUUAUUUCAAAUUGAUUCCAAAACGGGUGCAAUUUUAGUUAAAGGUCUGAUUGACUAUGAAGAAAAUCAUGCGUUUGAGAUUCAUGCACAGGCCAGUGACAAAGGCCAGCCUCCGAUGUCUGCUCAUUGUAAGGUGCUGGUAGAAGUGGUGGACCUAAAUGACAACGCUCCUGAGAUCACGGUGACGUCACUAGUAAACAGAGUGAAGGAGGACGCAGAAGCAGGUACUGCUAUAGCACUCGUUUCUAUCCUUGACAAAGAUGGAGGGAAAAACGGUGUAGUAAAAGCAGUUAUUCUAAACAACACCCCCUUUCAAUUGGAGACAAAUUAUAACAAUUAUUAUUCGUUAGUGGUCAGUGGUCCGCUUGACAGAGAGACUCAGACUGAGUACAAUAUCAUAAUCGCAGCAACUGAUGAAGGGACUCCACCUCUCUCCAGCACCAGCAUAGUGACAGUUCAUGUUUCUGAUGUCAAUGACAAUCCGCCUCGCUUCCCGGAGCCGAUGGUUAAUGUUUAUGUAAAAGAGAACAGUCCAGUAGGUGCGGUUAUUAAAUCAGUCAAUGCAAUUGAUGCAGAUAUAAAUGAAAAUGGUCAGGUGACGUAUUCAUUUUUACAAAGUAACAGUAACUCGUUGCGGUUAUCUACAAUGGUGAACAUCAACUCAGAGACUGGAGACAUAGUCAGCCUGCAGUCUUUUAACUACGAGGAGUUGAAAACGUUUCAGUUUAAAGUUCAGGCCACAGACUCUGGUGUUCCUCCGCUCAGCAGCAACGUGACUGUGAACGUUUUAAUCCUGGAUGAGAAUGACAACAGUCCCACGAUUCUCGCGCCCUAUUCUGAGCACGGCUCCGUUAACAGUGAGACCAUCCCCUAUUCUGCUGAAGCGGGAUACUUUGUGGCAAAGAUCAGGGCUGUAGACGCAGACUCUGGAUACAAUGCGCUGCUUUCCUAUCACCUCUCUGAGCCCAAAGGAAACAACCUCUUCCGGAUCGGAACCAGCACCGGAGAGAUCAGGACUAAGAGGAGAAUGAGUGACAAUGACCUGAAAACUCACCCCUUGGUGGUGUUGGUUUCUGAUAACGGAGAACCCUCCCUGUCAGCUACUGUGUCUAUUGAAGUGGUGGUGGUUGAAAGCACAGCUGACAUCCAGACUCAGUUCAGACAUGUGCCCAUAAAGGAGGACAGCUUCUCUGAUUUAAACCUGUAUCUGCUGAUCUCCAUUGUGUCGGUGUCGGUGAUCUUUCUGCUGACCCUCAUCAGUUUAAUAGCUGUCAAAUGCCACAGGACAGACGGCAGUUUCAGCAGGUACAGCGCCCCAAUGAUCACCACCCACCCUGACGGGAGCUGGUCUUACUCUAAGGCUACUCAGCAGUAUGACGUGUGUUUCAGCUCAGACACACUGAAGAGUGACGUAGUGGUUUUCCCCGCACCGUAUCCACCUGUAGAUGGUGAGCUGAUCAGUAUUAACGGAGGAGACACUUUUACCAGAACUCAGACGUUACCUACGAAAGACAAGAAUAUCGCCCAUGUUUCUCUGGAUGCUUAUUCUCCAUGA